UAAAGUGCUUAGUUAUAGUAAUGUCACAGAAUUACAAAAGGUUUCUAGCGAUACUCGAAAAGUGGCCUGUCGAUAAGUCAAAGAACAAUCGUGAUUUAGGGUAUUUUUUGAGGGAGAAAUUCACUACCCAAUUUAGCGGUGCACAAAUCGUAUCAACAAAAGAUCAGAAGCACAUUGAAAAGCAGUUUGAGGCUUUAGAUAAUUUAGUUAAGAACGUUCAUCACGAAAAAUAUCCAAGGAAGUUCACAUCUACAUCAACAGGAUUAACAGGCGAGCAGUGCAAGCAGGUCCUUUCAUCGGAAUUCUUGGAAUACAUUAAUGCUGAGAACUAGAAAUAUGAUGCUUACAAGUUUAUCCUGUCAAUUUAGGAGAUAUUCUCAAAUGCAC